AUGAAAUUAUUCAAAUCACCUACUGUGUCCUUAUCCAUUUCCUUACCUAGUAAAGACAUAUAUUUUUGUGAAUACAGGCCAAAUAUUGUAUUUGGAGAUUUAAUAGUGAAGAGUAAAAAAGAUGUUACUGUUAGUAACUUUUAUAUAGAGCUAGUUAGUGACUUAACUAAUGCUUUCUAUCAAACUAAUGAUGACAAGCAGAGUAAGAAGUAUUCAAAUGAAAGAUUGAUGAGAUCAAGUAAACAAAUUAAGUUGCAAACCAUUUGUCCCGGUGAGACCGUGAUACCAUUCGAUUUCCUUGAAAUUAUCAGUUACGAAUCCGUAAGUACGAGAAAUGUCCUUUGCCGAUAUCAAUUGAAAGCUGUUCUUCAAACUGACAAAGGAAAAGUGGAAGCCCAACUACCUUUAAAUUUUUUCAAAAAAAUUUGCCCUGAAAUGAUAACUUAUAAAGGUUCAUCACUCAAUUACAAAUUGACGGUACCAAGAUACGUAUUUCUUGGAACUGAAACACAUAUGAAAUUAGAAUUGGAUUCCGUGCCGACAAUAAAAAAUAUUCAAGUGUCUUUACAACAGGAAUUUAAAUAUAAUUGGGUUGACGGAGAUAGAGUCAAAGAAAUAUCCAAUACUGAGACUGCAACUUUAUUAGAGUCUUCUGAUCUAGACAUAAAUGUGAAUUUCCGAGAUUUGUACACUUCACAAGCAGGCUUUAUGUUUGUACAUCCAUGUUACACUUCAGAUUCAUUUGAAUGCAACCAUAAAAUUAAGAUUGAUAUUCUAACUGAAAACGGAAGUUACGAAAUUCUUGAACCUUUGGCUCUCAUGCCAUGUAAGGCUAAAACAGGAAUUGUACCUCCACCUGUUUAUGAUUGUGCUUUGGAAGACACUCCUAUCGAUAUAAGUAGUAUUAACUUACCACCACAUUAUGAUUGUGUUGAGAAGUCUUAG